GGGGCCGGUCACGGUGACCGUCCUGCCUUCUCCCGCCGCUGCUUCCCGGGAAUCCGGUCCUGGUCUUCCCGGGAGAAGGGCUCCCUUCCUCUCGGAUCCCUUGGCGGCGGCGGCGGCGGCGGCCGGCCCCUUCCCGCGCGCGAUCAUGGAGGCCUCCCCGGACAAGGCUCCCUCGAACGGGGAGGCGGCCCCGAACGGCGAGGUGGGCUGGGGCGGCACCGGCAGUCGGGGGCCGUGGUCCCGGCGGGCCCGCCGUUGCCUGCGCGCCAACCUGCUGGUGGUGUUGACGGUGUCCGGCGUGCUGGCCGGCGUGGCCCUGGGGCUGGGCGUCCAGCGGCUGCUCGCCCUGAACCGGGCCCAGGUCCUCGCCUUCUCCUUCCCCGGGGAGCUGCUGCUGCGGCUGCUGAAGAUGAUCAUCCUGCCCCUCGUCGUGUGCAGCCUGGUCGGGGGCGCCGCCAGCCUGGACCCCGCCGCCCUGGGCCGGCUCGGGGGCUGGGCCAUGCUCUUCUUCCUCCUCACCACGCUGCUCUCCUCCGCCGUCGGGGUCUGCCUGGCCUUCAUCAUCCGGCCCGGGGUCGGCGGCGGGGGCGCCCCGGCCGCCGGAGAGGCCGAACUGCCCGAGACCAAGGAGGUGGCGGACUCCUUUUUGGACCUCAUCAGGAACAUUUUCCCCUCCAACCUGGUCUCUGCUGCCUUCCGCUCGUACGCCACCAGCUACAAACAGGUGCCCGUCCAGCAAAACCUCAGCACGGAGAUCCUUGAGGUGAAGGUGCCAGUGGGCGCAGAAGUGGAGGGCAUGAACAUCCUGGGCCUGGUGGUCUUUGCCAUUGUGUUUGGCGUGGCCCUGCGCAAGCUGGGCCCGGAGGGAGAGCUGCUUAUCUGUUUCUUCAACUCCUUCAAUGAGGCCACCAUGGUUCUGGUGUCCUGGAUCAUGUGGUACGCACCCUUGGGCAUCAUGUUCCUGGUGGCGGGCAAGAUCGUGGAGAUGGAGGACGUGGGCAUGCUGUUUGCCAGCCUGGGCAAGUACAUCUGCUGUUGCGUGGUGGGCCACGUGGUGCACGGGUUGAUCCUGCUGCCGCUCAUCUACUUCAUCUUCACGCGCAAGAAUCCCUACCAGUUCCUGUUGGGUACCAUUCCUGCCCUGGCCACCGCCUUUGGCACUUCCUCCAGCUCAGCCACACUGCCCUUGAUGAUGAAGUGCGUGGAGGAGAACAAUGGGGUGUCGAAGCACAUCAGCCGUUUCAUCCUGCCCAUCGGGGCCACCGUGAACAUGGAUGGGGCCGCCCUCUUCCAGUGCGUGGCCGCGGUCUUCAUCGCCCAGCUCAACAGCAUCUCACUUGACUUCAUCCAGGUCAUCACCAUCCUGGUCACGGCCACCGCAUCCAGCGUGGGGGCAGCGGGCAUCCCGGCCGGAGGGGUCCUCACCCUGGCCAUCAUCCUGGAGGCAGUCAGCCUGCCAACCAAUGACAUCUCCCUCAUCCUGGCCGUGGAUUGGCUCGUUGACCGGACAUGCACCAUCAUCAAUGUGGAGGGGGAUGCGUUCGGUGCUGGCCUGCUGCAGAGCUACGUGGACCGCACAGAGGCCGCCGCCCCGGCCCUCGAGCUGGCCGAGGUCAAGACGGACGCACCGGCCCCCACCCCGCUUGAGGAGGAUCACCUCCUCCCACAGACCCUCCCCGCAGACAAGGAAUCGGUCAUGUAAUUGCCCCUGGGGCAGUCGGGGCCUCGGACACGGACGGACUGCUGCUGGGGGCUGUGGCGGCUCUCCUCGCCCCCUCUCCCCCUCGGACCCUCUUGACACUCCAGGGCCCCCAGGGCCCCCCCAACAACCAGCCCUGUGGGUCAGGCUCUGCCGCCGGGGCCCAGGAUUGGGCUGACAGCGACCUCGAACCCUGCCCCUGCCCACCACCAGUUUCCAAGUGUACGUGUGGUUGGGAGUGGGGGUGCAUGCCCUUCCUGUCUUCCUCCAGCCCAGAGACAGGGGCACAGGUGUGUGUGUGUGUGUGUGUGUGUGUGUGUGGAGGUGCGUGCCCAUUGGUAUGUGUUUUUUGUCCCUUUCUACUGCCCUUUGGGCUACAGGGGAUGGUCUGGGAUGUCCCCCAAACGUGUCCAGAGAGGGCAUGUGUAAUUUAACUGACUGUUCAUUGCGACAGUAAAGAAAUUGGAUUGUG